GGCGGCGGAGGCGGCGGGCGCGCGGCGCGGGGCCUGCCCGGCGGGGACGCACCUGGAGCGGCGCGUGCGGCCGAGCGGCCGGGUCCCCGCGGGCCGCGCACCAUGGACAGCUUCGACCUGGCGCUGCUGCAGGAGUGGGACCUGGAGUCGCUGUGGGGUGAAGACAUCUUAAACCAGAGGAAUGACUCUCUCCUUGUGGAAUUUCAGUCAUCAGCCAGCAGAUGCAGGAGUGUCUAUGAGCCAGAUAGAAAUGUGUUACGAAGGAAAGAACGAGAAAGAAGAAAUCAGGAAACUCAACAGGAUGAUGGCACCUUCAAUUCAAGUUAUUCUCUCUUCAGUGAACCCUACAAGACUAACAAAGGGGAUGAACUCUCCAAUCGGAUCCAGAACACGUUAGGCAAUUACGAUGAAAUGAAGGACUUUUUAACUGAUCGGUCUAAUCAGAGUCAUCUUGUUGGUGUUCCUAAACCUGGCAUUCCUCAGACUCCUGUGAACAAAAUCGAUGAACAUUUUGCUGCAGAUUCAAGAGCCCCACCCCCACCCCCAUCAGUUUGUAGCACCGCAUCUUCCACACCAGCAGCUGUCCCCGUGCCACAGAGUAAAAGGGGCACCAUGGGCUGGCAGAAGACUGGGCACCCACCUUCUGAUGGCCAACAGAGAGCAACGCAACAGGGUUCUCUCAGGACCUUGCUUGGAGAUGGUGUUGGCAGACAGCAGCCGCGGGCCAAACAAGUGUGCAAUGUAGAGGUGGGUCUGCAGACCCAGGAAAGGCCACCUGCCAUGGCAGCCAAGCACAGAGGCGGAGGACACUGUGUCCAAACCUUUCCUCCAUCCCUGGCUUCGAAACCCAGCCUGGUCCAACAGAAACCGACUGCGUAUGUGCGGCCCAUGGACGGCCAAGACCAGGCUCCUGAUGCGUCUCCAAAGCUUAAGUCACCCUCGGAAACCAGCAUGCACUGCACUCCGUACAGGGGCCUUCCAGCCGCCAAGCAGGAGUCUGCCAGAGCCAAGGCCAGGCUGGCCAAGUUCAGCAUCCCCAAACAAGGCGAGGAGAGCAGAUCUGGAGAAGCCAACAGCUGUGUAGAAGAAAUAAUUCGGGAGAUGACCUGGCUUCCACCCCUUUCAGCUAUUCAAGCACCCAGCAAAGUGGAAGCAACCAAAUUUCCCUUCCCAAAUAAGGAUUCUCAGCUUGUUUCCUCUGGACACAAUAAUCCAAAGAAAGGUGACGCUGAGCCUGCCAGUCCAGACAAUGGGACGUCAAAUACAUCAAUGCUAGAAGAUGACCUUAAACUCAGCAGUGAUGAAGAGGAGAAUGAGCAGCAGGCGGCCCAGAGAACUGCACUCCAGGCUCUGUCCGACAGCGCCGUGGGCCCGCCGGCAGCGUGUCAAGCCUCUGUGCCUUCCAGCCAGCGCAGCUCCAGCGGCAGCAGCUCCAGCGGCAGCAGCUCAUCCAGUGACUCGGAGAGCAGCUCUGGGUCCGACUCGGAGACAGAGAGCAGCUCCAGCGAGAGUGAGGGCAGCAAGCCGCCCCACUACUCCAGCCCCGAGGCCGAACCGGCGUCCUCCAACAAGUGGCAGCUGGACAAGUGGCUGAACAAGGUGACCCCGCACAAGCCGCCGGCGCCCGUCCCCGGGGAUGCGCUGCCCGAGGGCGCGCCCUUCUACGCCAAGGAGCCAGAGUGCCCACCGGUGCCCGACGCCGCCGCCGCCAAGGGCCCCUGCAGGGACGAACAGCGGCCACGGACGGCCAGCAAGGCGCCGGGCAGCAAGGCGGGGCGGCAGAAGUCGCCGCCCGCCGCCCUGGCCGUGGCCGUGGCCGUGGCGCCCGCCGAGAGCGCGCCCGCCCCCGCGCGCAGGCCGCUGCCCAAGAAGCCCCCUCGGCGCGCCGAGCGUGCGGGGCCCGGGGACGGCCCCCCGUGCGCCCCCUGCGCGCGGCCCGACGAGCCCGACGAGCCCCCGCGGCCACGGCCAGGCGCGGGCAGCGGCCGCAGCGGCCACCGCAAGGAGCCGCGCCCCGCCGGGGCGGGCGACAAGCGGCGCACGCGGGGCCUGGGCCGGAGCGUGCCCAAGUCCAGGGAGUUCAUCGAGACCGAGUCGUCGUCGUCGUCCUCCUCCUCCUCGUCCGACUCGGACGCCGAGUCGGAGCGGGACGAGUGCCCGCUGGCCAAGGCGCCCGCGCCCGACGCGCGGCCCAGGGAGGCGGCCCCGCGCGCGUCCGUGGGCUCCAUCAGCGCCAGGUCGGCGGGCGACGCGGCCGAGCUCGAGGAGCAGUUCUACACGCUCGUGCCCUUCGGCCGCAACGAGCUGCUGUCCCCGCUCAAGGACAGCGAGGAGGGCCGCGCCCUCUGGGUCAAGAUCGACCUGAGCCUGCUGGCCAGGGUCCCCGAGCCGGGCCUCCCGGCGCCCCGCGCGCCCAAGGACGCCGCCGACGGCGCGCCCCCCAGCCACCCCGCGGACCCGCCGCCCGACAAGGCGCUGCCCAAGUCCAAGAGGAAACGCAAGUGUGACAACGAAGAUGACUAUAGGGAGGUCAAGAAGGCCCAGGGAGAGAAGGAGGGUGCUUCACGACUGACCACCUCUGCCAAUAACAGCUUGUCUGCCAACCACUGCGCCAUAAACAUCAACAGCCUGGCAAUACCAAUAAACAAAAAUGACAAGAUGCUGCGCUCACCCAUCUCGCCCCUGUCUGAUGCCUCCAAACACAAAUACCCCAGCGAGGACCUGACUUCCUCCUGCAGACCCAAUGGCACAGGGCUCUUCCCUGCUGCCACCACCACCAAGAAGCACAAGGCCGAGAGCCAGCUACAGCCUCACAGUGGAGACCUCACGAAAGCUGCUCACAGCACUUCUGAGAACAUUCUUCACAAGUCACGGCUGCAAGCAGAGCCCUGGUCUCCAGGCCCCAAUGGCCACAGGGACUGCAAGAGGCAGAAACUCGUCUUCGAUGACAUGCCACGCAGUGCAGAUUAUUUUAUGCAAGAAGCUAAACGGAUGAAGCAUAAAGCAGAUGCAAUGGUGGAGAAGUUCGGGAAGGCUUUGAACUACGCAGAAGCAGCCCUGGCAUUCAUCGAGUGUGGAAAUGCCAUGGAGCAGGGCCCGAUGGAGUCCAAAUCCCCGUACACGAUGUACUCAGAAACAGUGGAGCUCAUCAGGUAUGCUAUGAGACUAAAAACCCACUCAGGUCCCAAUGCCACUCCAGAGGAUAAACAACUGGCCGCAUUAUGCUACCGAUGCCUCGCGCUCCUUUACUGGCGGAUGUUCCGGCUCAAAAGGGACCAUGCUGUCAAGUAUUCAAAAGCACUCAUCGACUACUUCAAGAAUUCAUCUAAAGCUGCCCAGGCGCCGUCUCCGUGGGGGGCCAGUGGAAAGAGCACGGGAACGCCCUCCCCCAUGUCUCCCAACCCCUCCCCAACCAGCUCCGUGGGGUCUCAGGGGAGCCUGUCCAACGCCAGCACCCUAUCCCCGUCCACCAUCGUCAGCAUCCCACAGCGCAUCCACCAGAUGGCAGCCAAUCAUGUCAGCAUCACCAACAGCAUCCUCCACAGCUACGACUACUGGGAGAUGGCCGACAACCUGGCCAAGGAGAACAGAGAAUUCUUCAAUGACCUGGACCUGCUCAUGGGACCUGUGACCCUGCACAGCAGCAUGGAGCACCUGGUCCAGUACUCCCAGCAGGGCCUGCACUGGCUGCGGAACAGCACUCACCUGUCGUAGGGCCUCAGCCUGAGCCGGACUUGCCCUCAGCUCCACGGACAGCUUGAUGUUUCUGGACACUGUGCUACUGAUAUUCCAGCCACAGCAUUUAUCAAACUGCGGUGAACAUUUUCUCAGCAUCCAACAAUUUCCCAGGGCAUGUGUGUUUGUAUGUGUGU